UCAGAAACGAGGCUAUCCCUAGUCUCCUGGUCAGACGACACGUGUAUUCAACAUGGCGGCCUUUCAGUGCAUGUCUCGUGUAAAAUAUUUUUCUUUAGUUUUUCUUCUGCUUCGUCUUUUUAGCUCAUAUGUUGCUUCCGCGUCAAGCAUUAGGGGAGUUGCAGUUACUAUGUUACCAUUUUAUGAUCCUGCUAAAGACUUCACUUGUUUAGAUGGCUCCCUCUCUGUUCCUUUUAGUAGCGUAAAUGAUGAUUAUUGUGAUUGCGCUGAUGGUACUGAUGAACCAGGAACAUCAGCCUGCUCUGAUGGAAAAUAUCAUUGUACAAAUGCUGGUUUUAGACCUUUGAAUAUUCCCUCUUCUAGAGUCAAUGAUGGUAUAUGUGAUUGCUGUGAUGGUAGUGAUGAGUAUGACAGUGCAGCCAACUGUCCCAACACAUGCAAGGAACUUUAUAAGGAGCUGUACCAAAAACAGAGAGAGGAGGCUGAGGUGGAAAAACAGGUAAGUGAGUGUAGCCUCUUAUGCAACCAAUCCAGGGUCCUUCAUCACGCUAUACAUUGCUAG